UCAGCCUCGCACCGAUGGAUCGCGUUCACGCAAACCGUUAUCUUUUCGCCGUCCGUCAAGCAGCUGAGUCAUCAGCUGAUCGUUGCGCCUGUGUUGGUGCCUGCCUGCCUGACAGCUGUUUGCACUCGGUCCGUCUUUGUCGCACUCGCAGUCCAGUCGUCAGUUUCACUCUAGCGUUCACUCUUUGCAGUCGAUCAGUCCGUCAGUCUGUCAGUGUGUAAAUAAAUAACAAGCCUUUUGCUCUUUCGCUUCUGGUGCGCGACGAAAAAAAAAUCUAAUAAAACGUAGUUUAGUAGCUAGUGGUUUAUUAUUAGUGAUUCUCUCGUUCAAUUAUGCGCGUUUAGUUUUCGAAAACGGUUCAAUCGCGUCACAAAGAGACGCGAUAAAGUGAAAAACAAUUUGACGAGACGGGAAAAACAUUGUGCUUGAUAGGAGAAGACACUUAGUGUAGUUUCUGCUUCUCCAAAGUUUAAUUGCAAGGAGCCACAGUAAAUCAACUCGAGCGCAAUAAUUUUGCGCAGUUUCAUCAUCCCGCGGGCAGUAAAUGGCCAUCAGCCUGAUGUCGGAUGGCGGGGCUCCGGAGAAUUUCCACAUUUCCUACACCAACGAUGACGACGAUUCCAAUCUGAGCGCUAGCGCUAUGCGAUGUCCCCUGUGCAACUACUCGAAACGGCACUUCCAUUGCAAAUCAUGCAUCCGGAAGGGGGACUUCAUUCACUCAACCCAUCACAUACUGGAGAGAUUCUCCGAGAAGCAACUCCGCCACAUGAAUCUGAAGUCCGCCCAUGCCACUUUGGAGGGCAAAUGCGUAAAACUGUUGGAACGCCGGAGGCUCAGCUGCCAGCUGCGAGCGGAGAUAAAGCAGCGGACCGAGAACAUUGACAACAUUCGCAAGCUGAUGGCCCUGAAGCGAGAGAACGUGGGGCGCCUACAGGCUCUGAGGAAGGAACUUUACGAAUCGAAUCGACUACUGCGGAUGAAGCUUCCGCGUUGCGACGACCAGGUCAAACGGAUUAGCUCCUACGUGCUAUCGAAGUUGGAGGAAAGCGAACGGCGUAGGGCUAGUAUCAAUGAGCUACAGGAUGAAAUAAAACAAUUUCGACGGGAUCAGAUUGGGAAAUUGAUUCGAUACAUCUUUCCCAUUUCACGGGCCAUUAGUAACCGGAGUGGUUUCUCGAGCAGUGACGGAGAAAGCAAGCAUACGAUCAGUGAAAUCUCGGACGCUACCCGGACGGCAUAUGUCCGUGGAAAAUGGGUCCUGCAGGAUAGCUUUGGUGAGAUCCAACACAUUAUCGUGGCUCCGGCUCUACCAGGAAAUGGGAACUAUUCGGCGUACAACGACUGGGCCACGGUAAACCCGGCGACGGACGUCAGUUCCACGGGAAGAAGCGAAGACGGCGUUCGCAACGUGGCCAGUAGAAAUCCUGCGCACACAAUCGCUGCGGCACUGACCUAUACCGCCCAACUAGUGCACAUUGUAUGCUUCUAUCUGGACAUUCGUGCACCGUAUAAGGUAUCCUACAGUGAUUUUUGCACAACGGCUCUCUCGGAGGCACAGUUCAACCGGAAGGUUGCGCGCCUCAACGCCAACAUUCUGUAUCUCUGCUACACCCAAGGCUGCCAGCUGAACGAAUUGCGGCCCACCCAUACGCUUGAGAACAUCCAAAGGCUGAUGAACUCGACCCAUGCGGAUUUGGGUCGGUUCGGACCGGUGGACAGAAACUUCUGUCUCAAUGAACCGACCGAUGCUGCGCUGAUACAGCAUCUCGGAAUUGGCGAAGACUCGGAUUCUGACGAUGAAUCCAACAUCCACCAGGAGUGGGAAGCGGUGGCGGUACCUCCGGCGGAAGCCAACAUGCUUUUACUGACCGGAACGGCUGGUGGAAACCCACUACUCUACGGCAAUACUCAUCAUUACCAAACGCAGCAACAGCAGCAGCAUCCUUACCAUCAUCACCAUCACCACCACAAUCAGCCGGCGACGACCAGUUUGAUGACGAGUGCGGUCGCUUCGGUCACCUCCUUCUGGAAGGGUUGGACCGGUGGGAAAUGAGCGAGGCAGUGUUCCUUCGGAAAUUCGGAACAUUGAAGUGAUAGGCGACUGGACAGGAACGUGAUGGAGAUGAUAGCGUAUAGCUUACAAGGACGAAUAAAAAGUGAUUUUCAUUUCGUCACAGUUUUAGCCGCCAAAAUAUAACUUUUAUUUUUGUACACCGCAUAGAUUCUAAUAAAUUUGCAUUAUUUGCAUUUUCUAACAUUCAAAGUCAA